ACUGCUCGCAGCGCCUCAAUCUUGACGCGCAUUCUUCAAAGAACCUCCUUUUCUCCUUUCCACUUGAACAGCCACAACGCCUGGCGGAAAUGGAGGGCAUCGAAACCACUCAAGCCGUCGUGGCCAUGGACCCCUCCGAUCCUGAUAUUGAGCUUUGCACCGAAUCUAUUGAACACGAUUCUCCCACCAAAUCCACCAAAUCCAGCGAGCCGUUUGCUUUACCUGCCCCCGAGCCCAGCGCUUCCUCCCCAACCAUCGAAGCCGACGACGAACAGGAUACUAUCAGCAAGAUUAUCGAAGUCAAAAAGACCAAGCCUACCCUCCACGUGCGGGAGAACCUCAGCUACUGGAAGUGUAACCAGACCCUCCAUGACGGCAGCACCUGCAGUUCCUACAACGUGAUGGAGUUUAAGCAGUGUAAGGACUGCAAGAGCCGACGCGGAGUUGGAGAUGACGGCACCGACGCCUACGGUACUAAGGUUGCGAAGAUCUUCUUUGUCGACAACAAGAACGGAGACGAGUACUGGCAGUACCUCAUGGAGGAAUAGGUCUGCAGGGGACACGUCUUAUGAAGAAUACGAUCUCAGGGAAAGGGAAACUUAUCAUCAUGAUAUGCAGUCAGGGAAACCCCUUUAUACUGAGGACUAGAGGAUCAUGAGUUAUGAAUACAAUCAGAUCAUCUCG